UAGAAAGACAUACAAGCAUACACAUUCACACACGACAUGUCUUCAACCUCAGCACCACCACAUCUAUUACAGCGAAUGGCUGAAAAGAAGAAGGAACUCGAACAUCUUUUAGCCUUGAGGCAAUUUGCAAGUCGUCUUCAAACUCAUUUCGAUGAGCUGUCUGAGAAGUUUGAGGCAUUGACUCAGGGCAACGAAGCCGUCUGCAAAGUUUUAGAAAACUGGACGGACGUGUUCAGAACUAUUGAGCUAACAGAGAACUACGCUGCUGUAGACCAGGAUCAAAACCAGCAACGAUCGUCUCUCGUCAAGAUCCCAAUAAUAUAGCUAUGACAGCUCCAAUUA